GCUCUCGGUAUCAAGUGAUUGGGUACGGAUAUAGUACUUGGUACGCCUAUCAAGUGGUCGGUAUAAACUAGGCUAUAGGAUUGAAAAAUUGUCAAAAGUUGUUACCUCGUGAAUGUGGCAGAAUGAGACGAUGUUACUUUUGCAAUAUUGCCAAAAAGCGCGAAAACGGACGGACGUUUCACAAGUUUCCAGUGGACAAGUCGCAUCUUUUACAGAAAUGGCUGGAUAAUAUGAAAAUCAAGAACUGGACUCCGAACAACAGCAGUUUUUUGUGCUCCCAACAUUUUGAGCAAACUUGUUUUCAUAAGAAGAAGGGAAAAUACGUGGCGUUGAAAGAUGGGAGCGUUCCAACGAUAUUCGAGAUUGAAAAUUUCGACAAUCCAAAGUCAGCUGUUGUGACGUCAACUGGAAGUAUUUCUACCUGCAAAACAGAAUUCAGUCAGAAGAUAAGUUUGAAUGAUAAAGACAGGUUUAAAUUUUCACAACAGACUUUUCGCAAUGAAUUCAGAAAUGAGAUUGAAACGCACCUAGCAGAUAAAAAUACAGACAAAUCACUACAAAGAUACAGACAAAUGACUUUUAAAAAAUCUGAACUUAUAAGUUUUGUAGACCAUGAUCAUUGUUAUGAUAUCUCUCCAUCGUUACUGCGUAGAAAACUCAAGCAUAGUCAAGAGCUACUAAAAAAUAAGGAAAAGUUAAUAAAACUUCAAAAGCAACAACUUAAACGUCUCAAGACACGCAUAACAGGUUUAAAGAAAACAGUAAUGGAGUUACGAUGUCAGCAUGAUGUCAAAAAAUUACCUGAAGUGUCUUGAUUCAAUACCCAAUGAGAGUGUAAAAGAAUUUAUAGAAUGUGAUAAAAAGUGAAAGUAUUGAGCCGUUAAAAUAUUAAGUUCGAAAGGCGAGAGAAUAGUGGUUAAUAUCUUAUUUAUUAUGAAUGAAAUGGAAAUAAGAAAAGGAACUCGGGAGAGCGGAGAUGGUAAAACAUUAGUUGUGCCAGAAUAAUUGUUCCACUGCUACCUUCUGAUGUCGGAAAGAAUGACAUCUAUAUUAUAAAAUGAAAAUGUAGACAUCAAGCUUUAAUACAAAAUUUUAUUAAAA